UAUUGGAAAUACAGCGGCUGUGAAGAGACCUCUAAAGUCCCAGCAAUAGAGAACUAGAAAAUGACAACGCUUCAAUAUUUGGGAAUAUCAGUACGUUUCAUCAUCGUACUCUGCUCAGCCCAGCAUUCAGCUCAGCCUGAGACUUUCCAGGUGAAAGGCAUUGUGGGAAAGAUUCACUGUUUUCCAGUGAUGGUGUUGAAGUCUGGCAAUUUACUUUAUGGAGACCUUGGCAAUAUUGCACACGUGUACCCUGGUAAACGAACUCCUACCAACCUUGAGAAGAGAUUUAAAAACCGCCUUCACUGGAACAAUGUCACUGGAUUCUUCACUUUGUCAGACCUACAAAUUGACGAUUCUGGGGUUUAUACUGUGGAGAAUACAGAUGAAUGGAAGACAACACAUACAUUUCAGCUGACUGUGUACUAUGUUCUGUCCAAACCUCAGGUGACGGUCAAUGACAGCAGCUCCUGUACAGUGGUGUGUUCUGUGGAGAACGGGAGAGAGGUGACCCUGUCCUGGUACAGAGGAGGGGAGAUACUCAACCAGACCAGCAGCCCUGACCACAACAUCGCCCUCUCUCUACCUCUCAAGGUGGAUGUACAGACCAGAGACUCUUACAGAUGUGAGGCUGCCAACCCAGUCAGCAAGGAGACUGCUGUUGUUCCACAUUCCUGUAUAGAGAGUGAUCCCUCCAAGGUGACAGGUAAACGCAUAUGGUGA